AUGGCUGCCUCGGACCAAGAAUCUCACGCCAGGGCAGUUCGUUCUCAUGUCUACCAAGACGAGGGCUAUCUUCGCGGGUUUCUUGGAGCUGUAGGUGACUUACAGAAGGAUGGGAUACUGCAGGAUGUCAUUCUUGAAGUCGAGGAACGGUGGUUUCCCUGCCAUCGGCUUGUUCUGUCCGCGGCCAGCCCCUACUUCCGAGCCAUGUUUACAAGCGACAUGGCGGAAAGUCGGCAGAAGACGGUUAUUUUACAAGGUUUGGAUGCAGACACGUUUGAGGAGAUCCUGAGUUACAUUUACUCGGGAACCCUCCAUGUAUCCAUGGACAGAGUGCAGCCUCUGUACCAGGCAGCCGACCUCCUGCAGCUGGACUAUGUGAAAGACAUCUGCAGCAGCUACAUGGCCAUGAACGUGGAGCACUCCACCUGUGUAGACCUGUACAAGUUUGCAGAUGUCUUCUCUGCCAAGAUUGUCUGGAAAGUUUGUCUACAGUGGAUUGCCAAACACUUUACUGAGGUUACCUCCAGUAAGGAGUUCUGCAGUCUGAGUGUGGAUCAGCUGACUGAGAUCAUCAGCCAUGAUGAGCUGGAGGUUAAUGAGGAGACAAGAGUGUGGGAGGCUGUAGUGAGAUGGGUGCAGCACAGCAGGGAGGACAACUGCACCACCUACCCAGCAUCCUCCCUCACAUCCGCUUCAAGCUGCUGACUCCGCACAACAUGGUGACCAUCUUAGACCACCCCCUGGUCAGAGAGGAUCCUGGGAGAUCAGCCAUCAGGAAUGUGGU